AAAAUGGAACAGUCGCCACUGCUAGCGUCGCUCGUCCUGCGUGUGUCAAUGGGCACAGCUCCCAAAGACCAGCCUCGUCGGGCAGCUUGCGUCGCUAGUGCGUCGAUGUAACGGAGCCAGCCUCAUACUCUAACAAACGCAACGAACGAACGCUUUCUACAGCCGCUUACGCUAAAAAUACGCUAGUGGUCGAAGAAAACAAUUGUGGUAUAUUUGUCGCUUAUAAGUCGUCUUAGCUACGUUAUAGGAGAAGUUAUUGCGGUGUACUUAUUAUACUGUCGAUCCUCUUAUCUAUCCUACAGCGUCCGUACCCUUGCCGCCCACGAUUAUCCAUUUGAUUAGUUGGUCUAGCAAAACAAUUGCGGGAAAAUCUUCCUUUCCGCCCCCAACACUCUUCCCCUAGCCUCCCAAGUUUGUUACGGUCAAUAACGUAUAGACGACGACACAUUCUCGAGCAGAACCGAGAACAAUGCAUGUAUCCUGCAAACUGGUUCAUCGGGUGGGCCAGAGUUUGGCACCACUCAACGGCGCUUGGCGGUAGCGUAUGUAGCAGCAGCUGUACCGCAUGCCGCUUUCUGAGUUUUCCCCAACAACUGCCUCUAAUUCGACAAAUUGGCUGUUGUGCUUGUGCACUUACAGUCUCCUAUUCGGCGUUAGCAGGUGAGAGGACCAGGCAGGAAUCAAGAAACACGGUUGUGAUCGUGAGACGAGUGAUACGACUGUGGGCCGUUAAUCCUUCAGUUAACUACUUGUAAUAGCCGCUACUCAGGCUAGAAAAAUUGUCUUUUUUUGUUAGUUCAGCUAGCAGAAUCGAAAUGUCUAUAUGGCCGCUGGAGUGUGGCGCUGUCCACAAUCUGACGGACGUUGCAGAGCAGUGUGAGUUCGUAUCAAUAUGUGAUGACUGUCACCAAACUGAUGGAUUCAUUCCUUACCUUGACAUUAUCUAUUGUAUGCCGUAUGCACCACUUUUACCGUUGGGUGUGCUAUGCGUUUGGUCGCUAUACCUGUUUGGUAUAUUGGCAGUCACUGCCAACGAUUAUCUGUGUCCAUCCUUGGUAGCCAUUUCGAAGAAGCUUGACUUAUCACAGGCAGUUGCCGGUGUAACGUUCCUUGCUAUUGGCAAUGGAGCGCCAGAUAUUAUUGCUUCAUUUACCGCUGUCAAGCAGGGUCGACUAACUCUUGUAAUCUCGGAACUAUUCGGUGCUGGAAUCUUCGUCACAACGAUUGUCGUUGGCUACGUUAUCUACUCAAGUUCGUUUAUCAUUGACCAGUUCUCAUUCACGCGUGACGUGGCUUUCUACAUGCUUGCAGCAGCAAUUGCUUUCUCGAUGUUCAGAUUCGGUGAGGCGACAAUUUACCAUGGUAGCUGCUUUCUUGGAAUCUACGCCGCCUACAUCUUAACGGUUUUGGUUCGAGAAUUCUUCUGCAGGGCCCGAAAUAAUACAGACGGACCGCCUCCGACGCCCUCGUUAAACAUCACGGCGUUCGACUUCCCAGAAACCGAGUGUUUUCUACCCGAUCAGACGCCGACCGGAACAAGACGGCGACGCCCGUCAGGGCUAAACGUCCACCACCAGAACGCCAUAAAGCAACUGCUGCUACAAUCGUAUGGACAAACAUUUAACGGGGUUCCAGCGUCACCCGGCCUGCCUAUUUUUCAUGCUCGAACUGGGUCCAUCUGCUCAACCGGGACGACUCCACAGAGUAUGAUCUCGAGGGAAGCUUUCGACCAGCGGAGACGCUCAGCAUCCACUAGUACAGCGGGAUACCAAUCGAUAAUGCAGAUACGAAAUCAACUUGACCGUCUAUCAAGUGUUACAGACAGUUCGGAAACAGAAUGUGGAGACUUUGAUGAGUUAUCACUCUGGAAGGAGUUCUGGAUUCACGUGGCGCCCAUUAGCUGGCAAGAGCUGAAAAAGGAGUCGACGUCAAGCGUCAUCUUGCGGCUGUUCGCCAUACCGAUUCAGAUCACGCUCGCACUCACCGUUCCCGUUGUCGACUACGAGCACAAAAAGGACAACUGGUGUAAGUCUCUCAACGUCAUCAAUUGUAUAACAGCACCGUUAGCUGUAUCCUUAAUACUGUUUAAGGAUUAUGAGCUGUUCGAUGUACCGGUCGCUAUGUUUGCCUUGGCAAUGGGGAUGAUGUCCGCAGGCGUCGUAAUGAUGACAUCGUCGUGCGACAAAGCUCCGCGAUACCACUUCUGUUUUGCUCUUUUGGCUUUUUUCACCGGAGUUUGUUUCAUCUAUGCGGCCUGCCGUGAAUUGAUGGCAAUCCUGAAAGCCGUGGGAAUAAGUCAACACAUUGAUGAUAGUGUGCUGGGUCUGACGAUUCUUGCAUGGGGCAGUAGUAUUGGAGACUUGAUCACUGACUCUACCGUGGCAAAACAAGGUUAUCCUUCAAUGGCGGUAGCUGCAGCGUUUUCCGGACCCAUGCUUAAUCUGCUCGUCGGUCUGGGCAGUGGCCUCACUGUUCGAAUGAUCAGCGACUCGAAAUGGUCGAUACGGGUUUACUGUCCGAACGUACUAUUUGUGCUUUAUGCAGCCCUUAAUGGCAGCCUGUUGGUGUCGGUGCUGUUCUUAAGCUGCAACGAAUUCCGUUCGAGUUCAACUCAUUGUAUAAUACUGAUGUUCCUUUAUGUGACAUUUAUAAUUACCGCCCUCACGGUCACGAUGCAUCCCGAUAUCAUUACGUAUGCCAGAUUGACUAGUGAUUAAAGUAUCUUCUGACAAAACUUUACAAUUGUGCCGAUGAAUGUUAUGCGAAAAUAAAGUAAAGAUCAAUACAGAAUAGAGACGACAACAGACCCAGUCCUUCGAUUUUGAAGACUGCCGACAAAACUGCGCACUUAAUACCUAUAUAAUAUUAUAAUUAUGAAUUAUAAAAUUAUAAUAUAUCGUCUGGUGUGACAGACAGCUUCAAUUUGUAUUCCAUCAAAAUAUGUUUUCUGUAAAAAUCCUACAGAUACAAUGUAGUUUCACUACUAUUUGUUUUAUUUAGGUAAAUAUAAUAUAACGUAGCAAUACGAUCAUGACAGGAGUUGAUCUAUACAAUGUGUUUAAAUAAACUUUGCCGUCUA